AUUUCCUUUUUAAGAUGGUCAUGGUCAAAGGGAUACUGCUCAAAUUCUGAUUUCAAGGGGAGCCAAAUACUUACCUGACAAAAAUGGUGUUACUCCACUGGAUCUCUGUGUACAGGGAGGGUAUGGGGAGACAUGUGAAGUUUUGAUCCAGCACCACCCCAGACUCUUCCAAACACUGAUUCAGAUGACACAGAAUGAAGAUAUCAAAGAGAACAUGUUGCGGCAAGUUCUUGAGCACCUAUGUCCUCAGAACGAAAGUCUGUAUCAGAAGAUCCUGACCAGUCUUGCUGAAGUUGCUACAACAAAUGGUCACAAGUUGCUUAGUAUAUCAAGUAACUAUGAAGCUCAGAUGAAGAGUUUAUUGAAGAUAGUACGUAUAUUCUGUCAUGUAUUUCGCAUCGGCCCAACCUCUCCCAGUAACGGAAAUGAUAUGGCUUACAAUGGGAAUAAAACACCAAGAAGCCAAGUUUUCAAGCCUUUAGAACUACUGUGGCAUUCACUGGAUGAAUGGUUAGUUCUUAUUGCUACAGAAUUGAAAAAAAGUAAGGAGGACUCUGAAAUGGAUGCCAAAAACAUCACUUCAAUUUUACUGAAACAAAGAGCCCAAGAACAGCAAGACAUUGUCACUACUCGAGUAUUUAAGACUGUUAGCAAAGAGAUCUUGGAAGACCAACAUGCCAGCUUAGAGAAAGUUGAAGAUGGUGACAACAUGACACAAGAUGCCAGUUCAGAUUGUCUAGAUGUAAUUUCUAUGACAGCAAACCGACUGAGUGCAGUAAUCCAGGCUUUUUAUAUGUGCUGUUCCUGUCAGAUGCCUCAGGGAAUGACAUCACCUCGCUUUAUAGAAUUUGUAUGCAAGCAUGAUGAAGUUCUGAAGUGUUUUGUAACAAGAAACCCUAUAAUAAUAUUUGACCACUUUCACUUUCUUCUGGAAUGUCCUGAGCUGAUGUCAAGAUUCAUGCAUAUCAUCAAAGCACAGCCCUUCAAGGAUAGAUGUGAGUGGUUCUAUGAACAUCUUCAUGCUAAUCAUCCUGACUCUGAUAUGGUACACAGGCCAGUUCAUGAAAAUGAUAUUCUCCUUGUUCACCGAGGCAGGGAUGCCCUGAAGAAUGGUAUAUUG